AUGGCGGGGCUGUGGCUGGCUUUGGCCUUUACAGCUGGCAAGUCCAUCGCUGCUACACUCUGGUCUGCUAUCAACGCACCCUUCCGUGGCCAAACGGGAGGCGCUACGACUUACAAGCAUGUGGCUAUUACAUUCGCACGGUCGUUCUUCGGAUCUGCUUCUAUAGAACAAGUCCAGUACAUUCUUCCACCCAAGUCAGCCCGGAAUGCGUACGAGGCCCUAAUGCAUUGUCAAAAAGCCACCCCCAAUAUCGUCCGGCUACAUGAUGGAACAGAAGCCUUUUGGAUAGGCAACCCCAACGCCGGGAAAUUGAUAAUAUAUCUCCCUGGGGGAGCUUAUUGCAUUCCCGCAUUGCCAGGACACUUCGAUCUUGUCAAUGCACUUGCCGCCGAUCUCAAGAAAAGCAACCAAGAUCUAGCACAAGGCGUGGCUCUUGUUCAAUAUGCCAUAGAAGUCCUAGGCAAGCGACCAUCCAACAUUAUUCUCCAAGGUGACUCUUCAGGUGCUCAUCUUACGCUUGCAAUCCUGUCACAUCUUACUGAAGGCCACCUGCAUGACUCGACACCCUCUCUGUCUCUAUCGGAAAACCUUCGCGGCGCACUUCUAUUAUCGCCAUGGAUCGAUUUCAGCACCGACCACGAAAGCUUCCGUACAAAUGCGGACAAAGAUGCUAUCUCGGCCAAGUCUCUCAGUCUAUGGGCUCAGGCGCUGUUCCGCAAUACCGAGAUAGACAUAUAUAGUCAUCCUACUGAGGCACCCGUUGGCUGGUGGAGACUCCUGCCUGUGGAAAGAAUUUUUAUUGGUGUUGGCGGAGACGAAGUUCUUUUGGAUCCCAUCAUCAGUCUGGGGGACAAGAUUGAGGCCGAGCCUCCAGACGUGCUGAUCAGUCGUGUGCCUCGGGAGUUCCAUGCCGAGCCCAUCACAGACUUCGGGUUGAAAAUUGCUCCUGGCGUACAGUUUCAAGCCAUGGCUGCUUGGUUGAACCAAACGUUUUCUCGAUGA